CACUGAGACACUGAGACAGAGACACAGAGACAUGGAGAACACAGAGAAGACGUCGACUGAUACCAUGGAGGAUGGUGUGAACGAGGACCCCACCCAGCGCAAAGAGCCAACAUUCCUGGGUAAGGCUGGCUGGGUGAAGAAGGCUCCUGGCAGACUGUUCGCAAGCUAUAAAGACCGUUAUAUCCAUGUGGAAAAGACAGACAUCGUGGUGUAUGAACAUGAGGACCUGCAGAAAUGCUUAGAGAGAGUGGACCUGGAAAACUAUGACAGAUGUCAUGAACUGAAGAGCCCCUUGAAGAAGAGACACAGACUGAUACUGAUCCGAUCAGCAAAGUCUGGAAAUAAGGUCGGGGAUGUCAAGUUCCAGACUCAGACUGCCGAGGAGAAGGAAGCUUGGAUUAAAGCCCUGACUGACGCCAUCAGUCGAGCUAAGAACAAAGCGUUUGAUGAGGUCAAGGUUGAUGAGAGCAAUAAUUUAGACCAUGUUACUCGAACAAGGCCCAAAGGCAACCGGAGCCGUCGACCACCAACCAGAAUACACAUGAAGGAGGUAGCUGUGGUAUCAUGUGACGGUAUCCUACGGUUGGAUCUUGAUCUUGAGGGUGCUAAGAUGCCGAAUGGAACUUAUUAUGCUAAUGUUGAUGAGACGCCAGAGGAAGAUAUUGGAAUCCCAAGGCCAACUGAUGAAGAGGGGACUGGCCCUAAGCCGGAGGUCAGUCCUCCGAACAAGGUCUUCAAACCUCCCAUGCCCCCGAACAAAGAUGUUAAACCCAGUCCAGUGUCUGAGGGUGAACCUGAGAAGAAGGUCCUGAAGCCUCCCAUGCCUCCAUCUAAAGAAGCCAAGUCCUGUAUUUCACCUGCUGAGGCCAAAGCUGAGUGGAGUCCUGAAGCAGGGAAAGCCCCCCACCCUCCUAGCCCCCCAUCCAAAUCUAAGAAACCCUCCCACCCUACUGUGCAGCCACACCAAGAGGUCCCACAUGUAGAGGAUGAGUGUGAGGUUAAGGAUGGUGAUCUCAGGAAAGAGACGACAGCUACAGACAAAGAUGAGGCCGACAGUUCCGUCUGUGAAGAAGCUCAGGUUCGUGUAGAACGUGCUGAUGUUUCCAGCACAGCAGAGCAGAACUUAGAAGAAGGCUCAGAGAAAACUACAACCACUUCUCUUCCUCUUCCACUUUCUGUGCAAAUCAAAUGUCUUCAGCCUGACAAACAUGGAGACCACAGCCCAACUAGAGAAGAGCUGCAUGGGAAACACAAGUCUGUUCUUCAAACAAUAGAAGCGCCACCUACAAGUGAAGUCCCAUCAGUUGUUGUCUCCUUGAAUGAGCCCCUCACUGACAGCCUCACCCUGGGGCCACUGCUCUGCCAACUGCCCGGGGAGAGGAAAAUAAAGGCAGAGGAAAAGUCUGUAGACAGUGGUCAGCACUCAGACAACGACAGUGAAGGCUCAGGGGCUGAAGACACACUGGCAGCUUCUACAGCUGCACUGAGAGGAAGCCAGCCUGGUCUGGAUGUGCUGGAUGCCAACCAAGAUAACAUUCACAUAUCUCUUAGAUUAAGGCAGGCUGCAACAAAACCUCGUGUGAAAUCACAGCUCACAAAGCCCACUUUACCCCUCACGCCCUCCGCCAAGGUGAAGUCAGCCUCCAGCGGAGACCUGCUGUCCGACUCGUCAGCCUUUAUUCAGGGGAGACCAAACAUCAGAGACGAGACGUCUCCCACGGAUGAUGUCAUGAAACUUGAGACGGAAGUGGCUCUGGAAAUGGAAAAAACAGACAAGCUUCUCAGCAGAGUGUCCACACUUCAGGACGAAGGUGAGCGGAAGCCAAAGGAUCUGCUGACUGAGGCCAUGGAGAAGCUGAAGAAAGCUGAUCACGUCCUCAGAGAGGUCCGAAAACUGACACUCACAAAGAACACGAACAACAGGAAGAGCUGGUGAACGUCUCAGAGAGCAGAAGGAACAUUCACUCAACCUGGAGUGUGCUCGCGCUUACUUUGCAAUUUUAAAUAAGCUCAGCAGAAAAAUGUCUGCUCUAAUCCACAAUCACAGAGUUUGUCAUUGUGGGCCUGCUAACAUUUUCUAUUGUCUCUAAGAGCAUGCAUUCAGUUAGUGUUAUAUUUGGCACUGGUAUCAAAUGAAAUCAUACAAGAGGUCGGCUUUAGAACUCAAGCCUGUGUAAAUAAAUGGAAUCUAAGAGUGA